CACCUGCGGGCGCUGCCCCGUCCCCAGGUGCGCUCCUCCUCCUCCUCCUCCCGGCCCGGGGGCGCGGCCUAGGCCGGACGGGGGCGGGGCCGCGCAUGCGCCCGUGGGUCGCGGGAGCCGCCGCGAGUGUAUGUGCGCGCGUAGCGGCGGCACGGUGCGCAGCGCGCGGGAGCUGCAACGGCGGGCUGCGGUGCUGCCGCUCCGCUCCGGCCGUCGCCAUGUCCGCCGCCAUCGAGCGGGAGUUCCAGGAGAUCGACGCCACGAACGACUGGCAGGCGCGUUAUCUGGAAAUUCGGCAUAAAUCCAGUGACUACCCUCAUAGAGUUGCAAAAUACCCAGAAAACAGAAAUCGAAACAGAUACAGAGAUGUUAGUCCAUAUGAUCACAGUCGAGUAAAACUGCAGAACACAGAGAAUGACUAUAUCAAUGCCAGCCUAGUGGUCAUAGAAGAAGCCCAGAGAUACUAUAUCUUAACACAGGGUCCACUACCUAAUACGUGUUGUCAUUUUUGGCUAAUGGUAUGGCAGCAAAAAACCAAAGCAGUUGUUAUGCUGAACAGAAUUGUUGAAAAAGACUCGGUGAAAUGUGCACAGUACUGGCCAACGAGAGAAGAAGAAGUUAUGAUAUUUAGUGAAACAGGUUUCCGUGUGAGGCUAGUAUCGGAAGACGUCAAAUCCUAUUACACUGUUCACCUACUGCAAUUAGAAAAUAUCAAAAGUGGAGAAUCCAGGAUGAUAUCUCACUUUCAUUAUACUACGUGGCCAGAUUUUGGAGUUCCUGAAUCCCCAGCUUCAUUCCUGAACUUCCUUUUUAAAGUCAGAGAGUCCGGUUGCCUAAAUCCUGAACACGGACCUGCAGUGGUUCACUGUAGUGCAGGGAUAGGACGAUCCGGCACUUUUUCAUUAGUAGACUCCUGUCUUGUUCUGAUGGAAAAAAAGGAUCCAUCUUCUGUAGAUAUUAAGAAGGUAUUACUGGAUAUGAGAAAAUACCGAAUGGGACUUAUUCAGACACCCGAUCAACUAAGAUUUUCAUAUAUGGCUGUAAUAGAAGGAGCAAAAUUUAUAAUGGGAGAUUCGACUAUACAGAAACGGUGGAAGGAGCUCUCUAAGGAGGACCAGGCGCCAAGUAGUGAGCAGUCUCCCCCACACCCAGCCAAAAUAACCACCGAGAAGUACAAUGGGAACAGCGUAGGCCUGGAGAGUAAAGAUCAGAUGGAGAAAAUAAAUACUGGCCUGUCCACUAAGGUUCAAGAUGGCACAGAUGGAAAUGUUGAAAGCGCUGUCCGAAAACGACUGCGAGAAGAUAGGAAAGCUAACACAGCACAGAAGCUCCAGCAGAUGAAGCAGAAACUAAAUGAGACUGAAAGAAAAAGAAAAAGGCCGAGACUGACUGACACCUAAGCCUCCAAGACUUGUGAAUAUUCUGCAGCUAUAAACUGCAAAUUAUUGACAUGCAAAGCGAGACAUGAACCCCUCUUCGGGAACAAAAGUGAGGUCUGUUAAGUACCAGGAGGACCUCAGUUAUCUGUUUACAGCGUAAACCGCAUCCAGGGGACGAAGAACACCACCAGCAUGCUACUUUGCAAAACAAAACGACUUGCCGUCUUGUGUUUUUAUAAUGCCUGUAUUAAUGUAAGAGAAAUAAAUUAGGAAAUAUUUUGUUUUGUACUGCCGCUCUUAUUGUAUUUUUAUACGAUUUUGGCAGCAUUAAAUAUUUUUUUAAAUGGACAACGUGCUGUUGUGUGCGAAUGAUGUUAGGAAGCAACUGUUAAAAGCUUAUUUGGAGCUAGAAGAAAUGUUUCACCUCACGGUGUUUCUGUCUUAACUGGAACGUUGCAACAUAUUCUUGCUAGAAUGGGCUUUAUGCAAAUACUUAAUGAAUGCUAAGUAUUGUAGUCUCAGCUGGGAGGAACUCCUGCACAUUUCUUUUGUAAUACACCACUAAGAACGUUAUUUUAUUAAUCUGCCCGGUUGAUUUGGUAAUCCUUAUGUUUGCUACCAAAUAUACACAGAAUGUUCGGAGUAACUUUGGGAAUGUGUUCUGUUGUUCUGCCUUCAGGGAAGGGGGGAGUCUGACUGCCCACCCCUCCCUGCAAUGGAUGGGCUGAGGGCCAGGUGCCCAGGUGGAGCCUUUCAUUAAAGGGUUUUGUAUUGUG